AUGGAGGCGAAGGAUGAAACACGAGCUUGCGUGUCUCUACGGCGAACCCAGUAUCCAGAAGGUGGUGAAGGCUGGCCGGACACGCUAGACAGGACAUGUUGCGAGAAUGCCGGACGACUGUCCGUUAGGAACGGUCCGCUACGAAUCCUAGGGAGUUGUGCCACAAUUGCGCGAGACGGCUGUGAGCCGUCUCUAAGCCGUACUCCAAGGGUUAAGGAACAUAAACAUCUAGAUCUCACAGAAACUACAUCUUCUAAUCUAAACUAUUUUCGAUCAUCCUGUUUCUGUUACUUUCCAAAGUGUCAAGCGGAAUGUGCGCUGAACAUCACCCGGAUCCUGGUGAACAAUACCUUUUCCAAGGAGCGGGCCAUCCAGGUACUAACAGCACGAGCUCCACCGGGUUCGCAAUGGCGGCUGCUGAUCACAACUGCUGUCACCAGAUGUGCCAGUUUUGUUUACGAGCCAAUGUGUGACUAUAGAGAUCAAAUUGCUGAAAGAAAAGUUUCACAAAUCUGUCUACCGUGUGCGAGCCGUUUUCUGGAUUGCGUUCUGAUGAUUUCUGUUCGGGAUUGUCCAGAGGCCAAUUGGAACUCGCUGGAGCAUUGUAGUACGCUGCCGGCAACUUUGUGCGAGUGUCCGUAUAUAUUUGUGCAGUCCAAAGUGUACUGAAAUUUUUAGAA